AUGGUGGUUUUCAGAAAGGGUGAUCAUGUGUGGCUGGACACGCAACCAAACAGUGAAUUUAAUGUCCCUAUUGGGGCAGUUGUGAAGGAAUCUGACUCAGGACGGAUCUUGCUGGAGGAUGAUGAGGGCAAGGAGCACUGGAUCACGGCUCGGAAUAUGCACAUGGUGCACCUGAUGCACCCUUCCUCUGUCCAGGGGGUAGAGGACAUGAUCCGCCUCGGGGAUCUCCAUGAAGCUGGCAUGGUGCACAACCUCCUCAUCCGACACCAGGAGCACAAAAUCUAUACUUACACAGGAUCAAUCCUUGUAGCAGUGAAUCCAUACCAGCUGCUACCCCUCUACACGGUGGACCAGAUCAGACUGUACUGUAACAAGAGGAUUGGAGAGCUUCCACCUCAUGUCUUUGCCAUUGCAGAUAACUGUUACUUCAAUAUGAAGAGGAAUAAGAGAGACCAGUGCUGUGUGAUCAGUGGAGAAUCUGGAGCUGGUAAAACUGAAAGUACAAAGCUAAUACUACAGUUUCUGGCAGCUGUCAGUGGCCAGCAUUCCUGGAUAGAGCAGCAAAUCCUAGAGGCCAACCCCAUUCUGGAAGCUUUUGGAAAUGCCAAGACAAUUCGAAAUGACAAUUCAAGCCGCUUUGGGAAGUACAUUGAUAUUCACUUCAACCAAAGUGGUGUGAUAGAAGGAGCCCGGAUAGAGCAGUUUCUCCUGGAGAAGUCCCGGGUCUGCCGUCAGGCUCCAGAGGAGAGGAAUUAUCACAUCUUCUACUGCAUGCUAAUGGGGAUGAAUACAGAGCAGAAAAAGAUGCUGAAUCUGGGCACUGCUUCAGAGUACACUUAUCUCACUAUGGGUAACUGCACGUCCUGCGACAGCCGCAAUGACGCCAAGGAUUAUGCCCACAUCCGCUCAGCUAUGAAGAUCCUCAUGUUCUCAGACUCUGAGCACUGGGACAUCAGCAAGCUGCUGGCUGCGAUCCUGCACCUAGGGAAUGUAGAGUUCCAAGCGGCCGUGUACGACAACCUGGACUGCUCUGAUGUGAUAGAUUCACCACACUUCUCCAUCGCCACCAAAUUGCUCGAGGUGGACUCUAGUGAACUCCAGACCAGCCUCACAAACCUCUCCAUCAUUGUCCGAGGAGAAAGUGUGUCCAGACCUCUGAAUGUGGUUCAAGCUGCCAAUGGGAGGGAUGCCUUUGUGAAGGGUAUAUAUGGGCGGAUUUUCUUGUGGAUUGUGAACAAAAUCAACUCAGCCAUUUUCAACCCAGCUUCUCAGAAGCCUAAAGACAGACAUCAAUCCAUUGGACUGCUGGACAUUUUUGGGUUUGAAAACUUCAGCAACAACAGCUUUGAGCAGCUGUGCAUUAACAUUGCAAAUGAGCACCUUCAGCAGUUCUUUGUGCACCAUGUCUUCAAGCUGGAGCAAGAGGAAUACCUUGCAGAGCACAUUGCCUGGAACAACAUUGACUUCACUGAUAACCACCAGGCUCUGGAAGUCAUUGCACUCAAGCCCAUGAAUAUCAUCUCCCUCAUUGAUGAAGAGAGCAGGUUCCCAAAGGGCACAGAUGCCACCAUGCUUAUCAAAAUCAACUCCCUCCAUGGUAAAAGUAACGUCUACAUCCCACCUAAGAGUGUUCAUGAUACCAAGUUUGGCAUCAACCACUUUGCUGGGGUUGUCUUUUAUGAAUCAAAAGAUUUCUUGGAGAAAAAUCGUGACACACUGAGUGCUAAUGUAAUGCAAGUGGUCCAUUCCUCCAAAAACAAAUUCCUGAGAGAGAUUUUCCAGGUGGAAACAGCCCCACCUAUUCUGGGACGUGGGACCAUUCGGCAUCUUGGAUCUGACCAGGUCUACAAGGGCUUGGAUACCACCAAGCGGCUCUCGACACUGGGAGGACAGUUCAAGCAAUCCCUGGAAAAACUAAUGAAAAUCCUUGAGCAGUGCCAGCCAUACUUCAUCCGCUGCAUCAAGCCAAAUGACUACAAGAAACCACUGUUGUUUGACCGGGAGCUGUGUAUCAAACAGCUGCGAUAUUCAGGGAUGAUGGAGACCAUUCAGAUCAGGAAAGCUGGGUACCCAGUUCGCUACAGCUUUGAGGAGUUCUUUGAGAGAUACAGAUUUCUUCUGCCAUGGUCUCUUCGACAAAAGCUGAAGAAUGAUACUCGAAAGAGCUGCAUCAGCAUCUCUGAAGCAGUGCUGGGCAAGGAUGAGAGCUGGCAAGUUGGAAGGACCAAGAUUUUCCUUAAAGAUCAUCAUGACACUGUACUGGAGCUGCAACGCCAAAAUGUACUCACAGAUAAGGUUCUUCUUAUCCAGAAGGUGAUGAGAGGAUUGAAGGAUAGGAAGCAGUUCCUGAAACAGAGGAGGUCUGCUGUAGCCAUUCAGUCAGCCUGGAGAGGCUACUGCUGCCGGAAGGAAUUCAGAAUGGUGCUGCUGGGCUUCGGGCGCCUGCAGGCGCUGUACCGCAGCCGGCAGCUGGCCCAGCAGUACGAGGCCACCCGCGCGCGGAUCGUCGGCUUCCAGGCGCUGUGCCGCGGCUUCCUGCUGCGCCAGAGGCUGGCAGAGCAGAAGAAAGCUGCGUGUGUCAUACAGGCUUAUGCAAGGGGCAUGCUUGCUCGCCAAACCUACCAGAGGAUAAAGAGGGAGAACAAGCUGGAACCCAGGAAUAUCCACUUGAAAGAAGAGAAACAUCUCAUCCAAGUCCUGGGACCACUGAAAGGAAGGGAAGAAAAGUCAUGUCUAUUUCUGUGUUUGAAGGAACACCUGCCAACUCAGGACAGAGAGGAGGCAGAAGCAAGACAAAGGAGGAACGUGCUUGCCAAUAAACCAACAAAUCAUGAUGUUAUCAGUGACCAAGAAAUGGUGGACAAAAUUUUUGGGUUUUUACCUUCUAUGAUUGGAGGCCAAGAAGGACAAGCUCCUCUGGGUUUUGAGGACUUGGAAACAAAGCCUAGCAAGCUGGAGGAAGUGGACCUGGACAUGGUUCCCAUGAGUGUGGAGCUAGAAGAGGAAGCACAUGGUUUGGAAGAGUACACCUUCCCCAAGUUUGCAGCUACUUAUUUCCAGGGGUCUUCCACACAUACCCAUAUCCGGAGACAGCUGCGGCACCCACUGCUCUACCAUGAUGACAAGGACAACGUGCUGGCUUCUCUAGCUGUGUGGGUGAUCAUCCUGAGGUUCAUGGGGGACCUGCCAGAGCCAGCAAUGUUUGCCAAGAGUGCCACCACCAAGAGCAGCUCCGUGAUGACACAGAUAUAUGACACACUUGGCAGGAAAAACCAGGUCCAGUUGAGGAAUGACAGCCCAAAUAUGAGAGAAGGCAGAAGGGAUAACAAGAUUUCUAAGGGGAUUUCAUCCCUGAAACUGAAACGGUCAUCCAAGCUGACAGGGAAGGUGACAGAGCAGCUACGAAGUGGAGAAGAGGCUUUCCAAGAGGACAUGUCGAUCUCUCAGAGACCUAUGUCCAACCUAGAAAAAGUACACUUCAUUAUUGGCAAUGCAAUUCUGCGUCCUGCCAUCAGAGAUGAGAUUUAUUGCCAGAUUUGCAAACAACUCACAGAAAACAGCAACAGGAGCAGCUAUGCUCGUGGCUGGAUCCUUCUGUCACUUUGCCUUGGCUGCUUUCCUCCUUCAGACACGUUUGUGAAGUACCUGUUGAAUUUCAUCCACCACGGGCCCACGGGCUAUGCUCCAUACUGUGCUGAGCGUCUGAGACGCACCUACAGCAAUGGGGCCCGGACUGAACCUCCCAGCUGGCUGGAACUUCAGGCAACAAAGCAGAAGAAACCCAUUAUGUUUAAUGUCACCCUGAUGAAUGGCCAAAGCAUCACUGUCCCUGCAGACUCUGCUUCCACUGCCAAAGAGAUCUGUCAGUUCAUAGCAGAUAAAACCAAACUGAAGGAUGUCUUUGGGUUUUCGCUCUACAUUGCUGUGUUUGAUAAGGUCUGGUCGCUGGGCGGGGGCCGGGACCACGUCCUGGAUGCCAUCUCCCAGUGCGAGCAGCUGGUGAAGGAGCGGGGCAUGCACGAACGCCACGCGCCCUGGCGCCUCUACUUCCGCAAGGAGAUCUUCACCCCCUGGCACAACUCCCGGGAGGAUCCUGUCAGCACUGACCUCAUCUACCACCAAGUCAUCCGGGGCGUUCGCUUUGGAGAGUACCGCUGUGAGAAGGAAGAAGAUUUGGUGGAGAUAGGUGCAAAAUAUUGUUAUAUCCAAUUUGGAGAUACCAUCCACAAUGAACUUGUGCAGAAGGUGCUCCAUGACUGUAUUCCAGUAAAACAGCUGAAGUCCAAGCCCCUGGAAAAGUGGGUGAGCCUUGUAACCUAUGCACAUGCUAAGGCCCCAUACACACAGGACCAUCUCUCCUCUCAGACUGUGAAGGAGCAACUUGUAGAUUUUGCUCGCUUUCAGUGGCCUUUGCUUUUUUCCAGAUUCUUUGAAGUCACUAAGUUUUCAGGACCCAGCUUGCCUAAGAACCACUUCAUUAUUGCUAUAAAUUGGAAAGGCAUCUGCUUCUUGGAUGAGUCAGAAAAGCGGCUCCUUGAGCUGACCUUUCCAGAGAUAACUGGCAUCCACACCAACAGGGCAGUGAAAUCAUUUGGACAGAGCUGCACUCUCAUCACACUCCGUGCCGAGGAGUUUGUCCUGACGUCUGUAAACAGCGUUGUCAUUGCUGAACUGGUGGUGAUGUUCCUGGAAGGACUGAAGAAAAGAUCACAAUUUGCUGUGGCAAUGCAGGAGAAAAAAUCCCAGGAAGAUGCUGGCAUCCUGUCCUUCAAGAAGGGAGACUUGCUAAUCUUCACCGAAGACAAAAGGCUGGAUGCAGACUCUGGCUGGAUCUGUGCCCAGAAUGAAAGGACAGGCAAAACAGGGAAUGUAUUUUUGGAAGACAUCUACAUCAUUCCUUCCCUCACAAAACCCUCUAGUCAAGUGCUGAGUUUGCUGAUGAUGUCUCCAGACCAGAGGAGGACAGCUUCACAGAACUCCUUCAUGGAGGAACCUGAUGAAGAGGAUAUCAAGGUGAAGCCUUACACCCUGGAGGAGUUCUCCUACGAACACUUCAGGACUCCUGAGAAGGAAUCCAUCAGCAAAGCUGUUCUCCAGAAAUCCCGUGGGCAUAGUCAACUGUGGGCACAUUCCAAGGAGCCUCUGAAACAGCCAUUGCUGAAGAGAGCAUGCACAGACCCUGAUCUUCGGGAUUUGGCCUGUCAGGCCUUCAUUGCCAUCAUGAAAUUCAUGGGGGACUACCCCUCAAAACAGGCACACUCCUCUGUGGAAGUCACUGACCAGAUAUUUGUGCCAGCUAUCCAGGAGGAGGUCCUGCGAGAUGAGAUUUACUGUCAGAUUAUGAAACAACUGACUGACAACAGAAACAGGUACAGUGAGACCAAGGGCUGGCAGCUCCUCUGGCUCUGCACUGGCCUCUUCCCACCCAGCAAGUCACUGCUCAAACACGCCCAGAAGUUCAUAGAGACACGCCAGAAAGAAACACUGGCCCCAGAGUGCCGUCGGAGGAUUCAGACGGUAAUGAGGAGUGGCUGCAGGAAGUGGGCCCCUCAUCCUGUGGAGGUUGAGGCCAUCUUACAGAACAACACUAAGAUCUCACACAAGAUUUGCUUCCCCAACGAAACAGAACUGACAUUUGAUGUGGGAACAAACACCAAAAUCCAGACUCUGUGUCAGAACAUCGCUUCCAAAUUGCAGCUGCACUCCUGGGAAGGUUUCAGCCUCUUUGUGAAGAUUGCAGACAAGGUGAUCAGUCAGAAUGAAGCAGACUACUUCUUUGACUCACUAAGGCAGGUGACAGACUGGAACAGAAGGAACAAGCCAGGAAAAGAUGGGGCUGCUCUGUCUGUGGCCUAUGAGGUGUACUUCAUGAGAAAGCUGUGGCUGAAUGUCACUCCUGGCAAGGAUCUGAAAGCUGAUACCAUUUUCCAUUACCACCAGGAGCUGCCAAAGUACCUCAGAGGCUACCACAAGUGCUCCAAGGAUGAAGCUGUGCAGCUGGCAGGGCUGAUUUACAAAGCACGCUUCAACAACGACCGCACGCAGCUGGCAGCCAUCCCCAAAAUCCUGAAGGAGCUGGUGCCAGACAAUCUGCUCCGAGCAGUGACACCUGAUGAAUGGAAGAAGAGCAUUAUUGCAGCAUAUAGUAAACAUGAAGGAAAAACUGUGGAUGAGGCCAAGAUUGCUUUCUUGAAAAUGAUACACCGGUGGCCAACGUUUGGAUCAGCCUUUUUUGAGGUGAAGCAAGCCUCGGAGCCCAAUUUCCCAGAGAUUGUACUGAUUGCAAUCAACAAGCAAGGAGUCUCACUGAUACAUCAGAAGACAAAGGAUAUUUUAGUAGUCUACCCCUUCAAUAAGAUCUCCAACUGGAGCAGUGGGAGCACGUAUUUUCACAUGACCAUAGGGAACCUGGUACGAGGAACCAGGCUCUUAUGUGAGACGUCUCUGGGUUACAAAAUGGAUGACCUGUUAACAUCCUACGUACGCCUGCUCAUGAAUGCUGUAAACAAGCAAAAGAACCUCCCAGCCUGAAAGUGGAAAUAGAGCCCAUCACCUGUACUUGUGCCAAACUCCCUGUAACUUCAUAUCCCAGAAGAAAUGCCAUUUAAAAAAUAUUAAUCUUGUUGAUCGAUCUUCUGAUCACACACUGAAUGAACUGAGUUGCUGAACACUACAGCAAGAGAAACUCAAGUGAGCAUGUGCUUUCAAAUAUCUGUAACACUUCUAUCUUAGAUUUAGUAUGAGAAUUCCAUUCAGAUACUGGAUUUACAGAAAGUUUAGAUGGACUUUAAUGUUCUGUGGGAGUGGGAAAACCCUGUGAGGGCUCCUUCUAAUAGCCUGAAUCUCCUCCAUUCAGAGAUAGACACACAUGAAGAGCUGUCUUCCUUUUGGAAAGAAAAUGCCCCUUAUUGUACACGCUCUUACCAAAUGCACAAACUUCAAGAGUCUUUGCAAACAAAGGUAAUUUUUUUCCUCCUCUGGCAAUUUUAAGAGUGGAGAAAUGCCCUUUAGUAGUACAUAACUGGACAGUUUGAAAGGUUAAGAUGCUGUCCCCUGACUUACCAGAGUAUUGCUUAAAUUAAAUAAGUCUUCUUUCUUCCACAUGUUAUAAUGCUCUUGGAAACCAACAACUGCUUUCUACUGUGCAGUACCUAGUAAGCUCUGAAAUGAGUCUGGGGUUUGGGCCCAUCACUUUUAGUUGCUCGUAUUUCAAGAUAUAGAUGAGCUAUUCAGUGCAAACUGGAAUUGAAGAACUCAGUCUAACAGAGGUCUGUUGAAAAGAGACUUUUCUGCUCCACAAAAAUGUUCUGUUUGGAGUUAUGCAGACAUUCCCUCACAAGACAAGAAUAAUAGCUUUAAUUUGUCCUGAUCUUUUCUGCUUCCUGUUUAGCAGACGGCUUGAGUGGUAAAAUUUGAUUUAGCACUUGUUCAUCCCUAAGAGCUUUGUAGAAACACAGCUUUGGUGCCACAGGAACCAGAGUGUGCUCUGAGUGUGUAAAGCAGACACAGACUAUGGUGGGAGCAAGCUUAGCUGCUUCCCCCUCAGAUCAAGUACUCCUCCCUCACUCCCAGUGAAACAUGAAUAUGUCUUAAAGCAUUCACACCAAGUUCCUUGAGACACAAUCUGGCAGUGCUGGAAAAGCAGCUCUGCCUGAUCUCUCAACUUUGCCAAUGGAUGCACAAUGGUUCUCUUGUUCCCUCAGACAUGUGUGUGCAAAAUUCAAAUGCUGGUGGGAGUUUUGUAUAUGGGUGGCAGGGAAGAGCCCACUCUCUUUGUGCAUCUAAAUGAGUGCCACACCUGUCAGAAUAGCUGAUCUUUCUGCAAGCAGUUAGAUGCUCCUGCUGUAAUGUCCAUUGCUGGCAAUGGAAAUGCUGGAGUCUAAUUACCCAGUGGUUUUGUCACCCAGUGUCUGAUCUAACUAACUAGCUGUAAGAAAUGUUCAACACUUCACCUGUAUAAAGAGAAAUCUUGCAGCCAAACUGCAUUGUUUCUGGUUUUUAAAUAAAGAUGCAGAAAAUCAACCACAGUGUCUUUUUUGAACUGUUUGCUCCAGAUCCAUGUAACCAAAAUCAACCCAAUAUCCAUUACAUCCUGGAAAUGAUCACAGUAUCCCAUCUGCUCAUUACCUACACAACACAACUUGUACAACACAGCCACGGAAAGGGUGAUACCCCUUUCUGCACAUCCUCAUCAACCAACACAUCACCACAGAAGCAGCACAGGUCCAAAACAUGAAUUCACCACAACAGUGCCUCAGGUUUCAGCAGUCCCAGAGUUCCUUGGAGUGGGCACGUCUCUGGCUAAGCACUGAAAAUAUGGUAUUAACUGUACACUAUACCAUUUUUUUCUUUUUUUUGUGUAAAGAUUUAAAAUGUAUUACAGUUAACUUUAAUACAAGAACAUACAAAGGCACAGUAUUACAGCAUUUAAUCUACAAUCAUGUGCUUUGAUUAGACAGCUCAAACAAUGUGUGAUAAAGUGAGAGCUCUACAUGGUGCAGAACCCAUCAAGGCCUGAACCAAGGCAGGGAGCUGCUAAUUCUUUGCUCAUCUAAUACCCUCAGCACUUAACAGUGCUUUACAGGCUAAUAUAACCAUGUUUAUUACACGCUUGCCUGCAAUCUAUUCCUUCCCCAACCAAUCACUUCUGAAAGAAUGUUAGUCAUAUCACCUAAUACCAGCCAUGCCACAUCAGGAAUUCUCUCUACGAAAGGCUGACCAGUGUUUGCCAGCACUGCACAGACUGCUGUAAAAACACCAGGACACAAAUCUGGAGAGAGGAUUAGAGCCAUAAAGAAACACUGCAAGUUAUUAGCAGACCCAUAAAAACAAGAUUCACAUACCAUGCUUUCUAAAAGCAAAACCAUUUUCAAGUGUACUCAGUGAGUGUUAGUGAUUUUAAUUAGGUAUAAAUACGAAUUAGGUAUAAAUAUGAAUGUAUAGUAUGAGACAUCUUCUAUUAAGAUUUCAGCAGAUUUCUGAGCCAAGCUCAAUCUUCAUAUAAAUCUCUACUCUCCAGUGGGGUGAUGCUUAGGAAGUAUUUGGCCAGCAGGUCUACUCACAGCAAUGGAAAAAAGCAUGCAGUAUAUUUCUUACUGACACCUUGACUAUAUUAAUUAAAACAAAACUCAACUUGUCAGCCUACCAAGGCACUAAGGAGAUCUUGUGAGUUUGCACUAUAUUCUACAUGGUUUUAAAAAAGUAGACUGACAGAAGUAGAGGAAGAUUCAUUUUUUUAAGCCAUUUAUAGUUAUUUCUCCUACUCCUUCAACUCCGUUCUCACAAAAAAAGUGUGUUGGUAAUAUAAACUACUGUAACUCUGCACAUUGCAGGCUAUGGGCAGCAGAAGUAUAAGAAAAAUUAUUGUGAAAAAUUAAUAAUAUAAGAGAAUAUCACCCUCCAUUAGUACAGAGAUCAGGGAUUACAAUUAUUUUGUUCACCAAUUAAUUUUGCAAAACAUCCUGAAGAUAAGGACAUAUUCCAAAUCCUAGAGAACUGAACAGCUUAUCAAAGAGAAUGAUAUCAAAUCUCCUUAGAAUCAGCUUUCUAGGUCUGCCAAGUCUCUAACAUGAGACAAGGUGAAAGCACACAUUAAAUCUUCACUGGCAGCACAGCAGUAAUGCCAUUCACAUACAUGCAUUUUCCACUGCUGAAUGUGAGUGGCUGCUGAAAGAAUAUUACCUAUUGGCUGCUAGUUACAUAGUCCUCCCAUAUUUACCAGGAAUGUGUGGCUGUGUGUUCCUCCAGGAACCACUUCCCAGGAGGCUGGGCAUACACAGCUGCUCAGAUUCAGCAUUACACAGGGCACGUGACUGAGA